UGCGGUAAAUUAUCUUGCAUCCAUGGGCCGAUACACGAGUGUGCAGACCUUCAGCGACCAGGACGCGCAGGGCGCCGCAGUCGCGUACACAGCGGCUUCUAGUGCGACAGGUUCUUCUGCUAGUGACACAAAGGAUGGCAAGUUUCACGUCAACCGCGUGGAAAAUGUGUCCGGCAGUUCCGCCGGCGCCGGUAGUGGCGAUUUCCACACGUACCGCGCCUCUAGGAGACGAGAGAUGGAACGCGUGGCGGCCAUGGAGCAGCGCUACAAGGAGAACAAGGCGCAGCAAGAGUUCGAGGUCAAGCGUAAACGCAACGCCGAGGAAUUUGAGGCGAAAAUGCACAAGCGUGCUGAGAAACGGCGUCGUCGUAAAGAACGAGCCAAGGCCAGGACUAUGGAUGGAGAAGAAGAAGAAGAAAAGAACAGUGCAGACAGUAAAGAGCACGUUCCAGAGACGCCCGGAGGUGUCCCAGAGAUCCCUAAUGACGGCAGCUUCUUGAAAAAGAUGCUGGCUCUGCAGAAGGAAAAGGAGAAUAAGGAGUAGGAGAAAUGAACUAGUCUCUGCAUAGUUUUUUUUUCACAUGUAUUGAUUUGUUACAUGCAUGUUUUCGUCA